CGCUUUAGUCAGAUUUCGAAUUUCGCCAGCACUGCACGGCUGAGUUACUAACGAAAAAUAAGAAUAAACUACAGAUUACGGAGUAAAACGAAACGAGAACGAAACGCGAAAUUGUGUUGUCGAUUAAAAGUGUUUUUCAAAAAUGUCGCAGACUCUGGACGAUCUGCUGCAGCGUCAGGAGCACGCUCGCCAGCUGCGUCUUGCAACGCGCAACCCAAAAUUCCGUCGCAUCAACUCCCUGGAUCGCAUACCCGAGCAUCCCAGCCAGGAUGAGUCCGAGGACGGCGACGACAAGACGCCACAUCGUCACUUUAUCAAGCUGCGUCGUCAGCGUACCGCCGAUGGCAGCUUGCUGCGCUCCCAGCCCAGCGCUCCACAGAAACCCAGCACCAACUUCUUGCUCUUCGGACCCCAAUUGUUGCUACGUCUGGUGCUCUCACUGAUGAGCUAUGUGCUCUACAUUCCUCUAUCGAUAGCUGCACCCAGUUUUUGGCUUUCGGCUUUGUUGUGGAUCUUUUGGAAGCUGUUGCGCGUCCCAAUUGGAAUCUUCAAGUGGCUGCUAAGUGCGGAUGAGGAACAACAACCGGGAACAUUGCACCGUCAACGCACAGUGCUCCUCAGUGGAGGAAGCACCAUUCAAACCCUGCACAUGGCACGCAACUUUUAUGGCUCCGGAGCACGCGUUGUGGUCUUUGAGUUCGAGGGUCUUUUCGGGCUGGCACGCUUCUCCUCCAGCGUGGACAAGUUCUAUGUGGUUCCCCGUCCCAGCAGCGCCAAUGUGGAGCAAUACAUUGCUGCCCUGUGUCACAUAGUGCGUAAGGAGCGUCCCACUGUCUAUGUACCUGUUUGUGCCACGAGUCCGGCUUACUAUGAUGCUUUGGCUAAGCCGCAUCUGGAGCUACUUGGCUGCGCCAGCUUUGUACCCAGUGCACAGGAGACACAGCAACUGGACGAUUGUCUGCAGCUCUUCCAGCGCUGCGAAGCCCAACAGAUAACGCUCCCUCCACACACGGUAAUCACGGCACAGGAGCAACUGCAUCAGCUGUAUGAACGCGGCUUUGUGGGCGGCUAUCGGAACAUCUUCAUGGCUGGAGGUAUGCAGGGAGUAAUGGAGCGUCACAAGUACAUCUUGCCUAGUCGACGCGUUGAGCUGUUGCAGUUCAGUCAGCACGAGAUUAGCGAACGUCAGCCGUGGCUGGUGGUGCGCGAUCAGCCGGGUUAUCAUCACUAUGUUACCUGCACCACGGUUAAGGAUUCGCGGGUCGUCGCCAAUGUCAGCUGUCGCGUGGAGCAUCACACCAAGAACCUGAUCCCAGUGCGUCGCGAUGAUGAGGCCCAGAUUGAGCUCUGGCUGCGCAGCUUCUUUGCCAAGGUUCGCUUCCAGCGCAGCAUCAAUGGUCAUAUCAGCUUUCGGCUGGUCAAAUCGCCCGCGCAUGGCGGACAGUUUGUUCCCCUGGGCGUCCGACUGGGCGUGGCACUGCCCUACAUCUGCCACAAUCGUUCGCAUGCGCAACUCUUGUGCCGUGCCAUCAAAUGCAUGUGCAUCCAUCGGACGUCGGGACGGCACGAGGAGGAGGCGAACAGUUGGAGCUGGAGUUGGACGGCGCUGGAGAGGAAUACGUCGACGGCAGCGCUGGAUAAGCGGGAGGCGCUAUUUGCGUAUUGGGAUCCGCUGCCCUAUUGCGCCUACUAUCACUUUCAGCUGCCGCUCGAGUCCGUCAAGCUGUUUUUGCAGCGACGGAAUCGCAGUGAGACCAAAAGUUUAUCGCCGCGCAUCACGGCGCCGGUUCAUUGAACGCACUGCAGCAGCGUAGUGGAGAGAAGUGGAGAGUAGAGCCGGGCAAAGCAAGGCAGUUGGAGACAGCAGCGAGAGAGAGAUUAAACAGACUGAACAACAUACAUGCAUAUGUACACACAUAUACAGCAACAACAACACAUAGAUGGCGACACUUGUGCCAAAACAAACAUACAUAUGUACACACUUGUACAUAAGCACAUAAAUAUGUGCACACUUGUGUAUAAGACAUAGAUGGAGACACUAGUGCCAAUAUAUAUGUACACACUUGUACAUAAGCACACGCAUACAUAUGUACACACUUGUGCAAAAGCAUACAUGUUUAUUGCACACACACUUGUACACACUUAUUUUAUAUUUUGUUUACUUAAAGAUCGCGCGCACGCAUCAAAUGGGGUUCAACAUCUACAAUCUAGCGAGAUUAGACUAUAAACAUAAAACACAACAUUCACACACUUUAUAACACAUACAUACAUAUAUUUAUGUAUUUGUAGUUGUGUGUGUACACAUCGAUCUGGCACAAUCAUUCAUACGUAGGCCUAGGCCUCAGUUUGUUGACUUUGCCAUAAUAAAUAAAGUUGAUACGUAGUAUAUAAUUUAUUAAGCACAA